GCCUCUCGUUGGAGCCCCCAGCGCGGUCGGUGAGGCUCAGCGGAGAGGUCCCUCCUUUUCAAAAAGGAGGUGCGCCUGGGGUGGAGGGUGGACAGAACCCACUUGCGGAGUGAGGCUUGCCUCCCGGGACCGAGGUGCCUCCUUGGGCAGCCGGCUUUCUUGGGUGGGGACCAGACCGACUCUCCCCUCCCCCGGUUCCCCCCCAGACUGCGCCUGCGGCUCUGGGCCGGGGAGGGACUCGCUGGGCGCGCGGACGCCCCAGAGCAAAGGGUCUGUGCGGGGAGCGGUCCGCCCCCGAAGUCUUGUUUCCUUCCUAGGGUGGUGCCCUACGUGUGCGUGGCUGAGAACCCCCAUUCCUGCCCUCCCUGGGCGGGGGCUCCCAGGGGAGCCAGCAGGUGGCGGGACCGCCACCCGCGCGCGAUCUUUACACGGAGACACCCCACCCACCGCCUCAGCCCCGCCGACGGGCUGAGCCGACAGGAGAGGUUCCGCGACUUGGCAGCAAGUCUCAGACCCCACCACGCCGGGCAGGGUAGACAUUGCUCCGCCCGUUUUACCGACGAGGUUACUGCCGUUCGGAGGCCCAGAGGCUGCUGGGCCAACGGAGGCCCCGCCAGUCCUUCUUCGAAUCCUUCAUCCGGACCCUCAUCAUCGUGUGUGCGGCGCUGGCCAUGGUCCUCUCCUCUGUCUCCGUCUGUGACGGUCACUGGCUCCUGGCUGGGGACCGCCUCUUCGGGCUAUGGCACUUCUGCACCAGCUCCAACCAGACUGGGCCACACUGCCUCAGAGACCUGAGUCAGGCCCGCGUGCCAGGGCUGGCUGAGGGCAUGGUCCUGGCCCGCAGCAUGGAUGCCUUGGCCGUGGUGGCCGCCAUUUUUGGCCUGGAGCUCCUCAUGGUGUCUCAGGUGUGUGAGGACCUCCACUCACGGCGCAAGUGGGCCCUGGGCUGCGUCCUCCUCCUCGUCUCAUUUGUCCUCUCCUCUGCGGGGCUCCUGAGCUUUGUGAUCCUCCUCAGGAACCAGGUCACGCUCACCGGCUUCACCCUGAUGUUCUGGUGCCAGUUCACUGCCUCCUUCCUCCUCUUCUUGAACGCCAUCAGCGGCCUGCACGUCAACAGCAUCAGCCAUCCCUGGGGCCAGCUGAGGGAAUUUUAGGCCCUCCUCCAAGGACAUCGGGUUCCACAACAAAGUGGUCAAGACGUGACUUCUGGUGGGGGUAGGGGUGGGACAAUGACCUUGGAACUGCUGCCUCUUACCCAGUAACCUUUGGGGGCUCAGCCAGAAAUGGCCCAGGGCCCUGUGCCCAGGGCCAGAGGCCAGGAGCGUGCCUCCAUGCCACCAACUGCACAAGUGUAGCCAAGUUAUUAGGAUGUAGAUUGUAGGACACAUUGUAAAAUCCUUUUCUUGAAUCCUCCUUCCCAGGACGGGAAUCGAUUUGGAAGCAGCUCAGGUAACUGGUGCCUGGGCUGGCUGCACAGCCAAGUGCUGUUCACACCUGCUUCCCGGCGCUGGGCUGGGAGACCAGCUGCAGGGUCCCUGGGGCCUCCGCGGUGGCUAAGAGUGGAUCGCCUUCCAGCUAAGGGUGUCCAGCCGAGCCUAGGACUUCCUUCCACCAACUCAGGGGACCUCUGGGCACGCCUCUCUGCUUUAGCUUUGGUCAUGCCAGGGAGGCAGAAUUUAGGAUUUCUUGUACCUGGUAGUUUUUCAAACCAUUUUACUUGAUUCGACCCCUGCCCUUUGGGGAACCCUGUAAUGCCUGUAUAACCCUCUGCUUCCAGCAGCUGGCUGUCUCCGUUGGGGGCUCUGCCUGUGGGAUUCCUGCCUGACCUCUUUGAGAAGAGUUUAGAACAAGCCUUCCAGAAAAGUCCACCUGACUUCUAAUGCGCAGCGCUCCCUGAGGCAAGUGUGCGUGCCCAGCUUUGGUGAGGAUCCGGCAGCCUGAGGGGCACCAUCUCUGAUCCCUGAACACAUUCAGAGAGCAGCUGCUGGACCCUGGGUGAUGGUUAAACUGAAGAUGCUCGCAGGUGAAGGGGACCAGGAACCAGUAAAGACUUCCAUCUCACCAGCAGAUCAGUGUUUGGGGCAUUAAAUGGCCCCCUUUCCAGUGCCUUUGUGCCCUCAGCCCACUUCAUUCCACCCCAGCCCUCCCGCUCCCCUACCGAAUGAAGUCUGGCCUGCCCUGGCUCACUCUGCCUGCCACUGAGUGUAUGAGUUUUGGUCACUCAGUUUCCCUUCCUGGGCUGGGUGCUUGUACCUACCUCUUGUGUUUUUUAAAAACUUUUAUUCCAAAAUG